AACAAUGCACGUAAGUCUUUGACACCAUGAUAUCCAUCAGGCAAAGAAAAGGAGUAAAAACCACGGAAGUUCCUGAGGAUUAUGCAGCGCAAGAAGCAAAUGUGAAGUUGGAAAAUAAAUUGCCAUCUGGUGGUACCAGUAGAAGAUUAUGGAAGCUUCUGUCACUUAUGGUUGGUGGAACCAUUGCCCUUUGCAUUGGACUUCUUACAUCUGUCUACCUGGCCACUUUACAUGAAAAUGACUUAUGGUUUUCUAAUAUUAAGGAAGUGGAGCGAGAGAUCUCAUUCAGAACAGAAUGUGGACUGUAUUACUCCUACUACAAGCAAAUGCUGCAGGCUCCGACCCUCAUGCAAGGUUUUCAUGGCUUAAUAUAUGAUAACAAAACUGAGUCUAUGAGGACAAUUAACCUUCUUCAACGAAUGAAUAUUUACCAAGAAGUUUUUCUCAGUAUUUUAUAUAGAGUUCUACCCAUACAGAAAUAUUUAGAGCCAGUUUAUUUUUAUAUUUACACCUUGUUUGGACUGCAGGCGAUCUAUGUCACAGCCCUUUACAUAACCAGCUGGCUCCUUAGUGGCACGUGGCUGUCAGGACUGCUGGCAGCUUUCUGGUAUGUCACGAAUAGGAUAGAUACUACGAGAGUUGAGUUUACCAUCCCCUUGAGAGAGAAUUGGGCUCUGCCAUUCUUUGCAAUUCAGAUAGCGGCAAUUACAUAUUUCCUGAGACCAAACUUACGGCCUCUUUCUGAGAGGCUGACACUUCUUGCCAUUUUCGUAUCAACUUUUCUCUUUAGUCUGACAUGGCAAUUUAAUCAGUUUAUGAUGCUGAUGCAAGCAUUAGUGCUGUUCACACUGGACUCCCUGGACAUGCUGCCGGCAGCGAAGGCGACAUGGCUGUAUGGCAUACAAAUGACAGGCUUGCUCUUGGUGUGCAUUCUUCAGUUUUUUAAUUCUAUGAUUCUUGGAUCAUUGCUGAUCAGUUUUAAUCUUUCAGUAUUAAUUGCAAGAAAACUUCAGAAAAAUCUGAAAACUGGAAGCUUCCUUAAUAGGCUGGGGAAACUAUUAUUACAUUUAUUUGCAGUUUUAUGCUUGACACUUUUUCUCAACAACAUUAUUAAGAAAAUUCUUAAUCUGAAGUCAGACGAACACAUAUUUAAAUUUCUGAAGGCAAAAUUUGGGUUUGGAGCAACAAGAGAUUUCGAUGCAAAUCUGUAUCUCUGUGAAGAAGCAUUUGGCCUCUUACCUUUUAAUACAUUUGGAAGGCUCUCAGAUACUCUCCUUUUUUACGCUUACAUAUUUGUUCUGUCCAUCACAGUGAUGGCAGCGUUAGCAGUCGCCUUCCAUAAUCUCAGUGAUUCUGCAAAUCAACAAUCCAUGGGUCAAAUGGGAAAGUGCACGAUCAUCCUGAAACCAGAAACUGCCUACAACUUAAUACAUACCAUUCUGUUUGGAUUCUUGGCAUUGAGUACGAUGAGAAUGAAGUACCUCUGGACGUCACACAUGUGUGUGUUUGCAUCGUUUGGCUUAUGCAGCCCUGAAAUAUGGGAGUUACUCCUGAAGUUGAUCCAUCUUUAUAACCCAAAGAGGAUAUGUAUAAUGCGAUAUUCAGUACCGAUAUUAAUACUGCUGUAUCUGGGCUAUAAGUUCUGGCCAGGAAUGAUGGAUGAACUCUCCGAGUUGAGAGAAUUCUAUGAUCCAGAUACAGUGGAGCUGAUGAACUGGAUUAACUCCAACACCCCAAGAAAGGCCGUGUUUGCCGGGAGCAUGCAGUUGCUGGCCGGAGUUAAGCUGUGCACAGGAAGGACCUUAACCAACCACCCGCACUACGAAGACAACAGCCUGAGAGAGCGGACCAAAGCGGUUUAUCAGAUCUACGCAAAGAGGUCUCCGGAGGACGUGCACGCCCUCCUGAGGUCCUUCGGCGCUGACUAUGUCAUCCUGGAAGACAGCAUCUGCUACGAGCGAAGACACCAGCGGGGCUGCCGGCUGCGGGACCUGCUGGACAUCGCCAACGGGCACAUGAUGGAUGGCCCAGGAGAGAACGAUCCUGAUUUGAAACUCGCAGGCCACCCUCGCUUCUGCGAAGAGAUAAAGAGAAACCUGCCGCCCUACACGGCAUACUUCACCAGAGUGUUCCAGAACAAAACAUUCCAUGUUUACAAGCUCUCUAGAAACAAGUAGCUGAGCUCUUCGGUCAAUCUCUAUUUUUGAUACGUGAAACUCCAUCCUAAUGAAACUCAACAGGUAACAUUUCAUCUGUCGUUAGGUAGCCUGUACCACAAAGCUGUGAUAUAAGUAAGUUGUAGGGAUGUUUACACAAGCGUUACCGUCCUGGGAAGUAUCUCACACAAGCUUCAGUCUUUUUUAUCUUGUUUCAUUAAUGUUCUGUAGCCUAAACAUUCUCCACUUUCUAAGAGUGGUCUGGAAGUUUUGCUGGUGGGGAGAACAGGAAGUGUUCCACGGGAGCCUGGACAGACACCCCUCUUGUUGGAAAUCAAGAGGCUCUUCAGGAUUUGACUGAGCUGAUUGACUUCAGACAGCUACGAUUGAAUUGAAUCAAGGGGAUGCAUAACGCAAUUCUUUAAUGUCGUUUCCCUAGCAAAGAACACCUGGUGGGUUUUUAAAAGCCCUCGAUCGCCCUGUUUCACCUAAAAACUUUUAUAAUGUUUUCCGACUGUCAUGCUUUUAAUAUUUUUUUUUAAUCACGUUGGGUCUUUGUAUAUAUACCUAAAACCUUGUGUUGUGCCGUGUCUGAAAUGUAAUGUUUCGCACUUCAGCGUAUGCAUCCUGUCUGUGUGUGUCUGUCUGUGUCUGUAUGCGCAUGUGGGUGCAUGUUUUAAUGCCGGAUACAGAAAAGUGUGGCAAAUUCCUUAUUGUAAGUCCUUAAAGGAGCAAAAAUGUUACGUAGCCAAGCAGAAUUUGUUACUGUUUAGUGUUAUUUUAAAACCUAUUGAUACUACUUAACCUAUCCUGCAAGUAAGAAAAUUUUUCUUCAUUUCUUACUCAUUUAAAUUUACUGGGUUUGCAAAAUUUUGUAAACUUUUUGUUUUUAGCCUUUGUAUUUUUUACAGCAUAGAACCUUGCAAAGUCUGAAUAUUUUUAAAAGGUUAUAUCUUAACUAAUUCACUAAUACAAUAUUUUUGGCAGAGAGCAUUUUCAUACCAAAUUUGAUUUGUGGUCUCCAAUCUUGCUGUGAGGGCCCAGGUAGUGUGAUUCUUUUUCUUACUCAAAGGUAACCAAGUGCCUCUAAGUCAUGCUUAUUUGUAAACAACAAAGAGAUUAUGUAUACCUGUUCAAAAAUUUUUUGAUAAUUGCUUUUAUAAUUAAUUUCUAAUGAUGGGGACAUGUAAAAGUUGCUGAUAAAAGCAUAUUGCAUGUUUAAUUAAAUCAAGAUGGCUAAUGAAAUUAACUUUCUCCCCUGUACUUGCCAGUUGGAAAUGAUUUAAAGGUUUCUCCUUGCAGUUGUAUUGAAGUAAAUUACCCUCGGCAUCAAGAUAGAUCUAUCGCAUGUUUAAAUGAUGUUCUAUUGAGUUACUAUUAUUAAACAGUAUUCAAAAAGAAAUUUUACACUGUCAUGUUGGACUCAAGGAUACUCAGCUUUUUUAAUCAAAACUUAUUUAAAUAAAAAAAAUGACACUGGCUGGGUUACUAAAUUAUGCAGCUGAAACUCCUGAAUUAUGUCUUUCCUGUAUCCCUUAAUAAGGUUGGAGACCACUGCAGUUUAGGAUAAUACAAUAAUAAAACACUUUAAUCAGUACUAAAACUUUAAUUAAGCCAGUAAUGAUGCAUGCCCGGUGUGGCUGACAGCAUGGGUCAGUACAUCCUUCAGCGAGUGCCUUACUCUUAAUUGAAACGAAGCACAUGUAAGGUACAUGUUAGACUAUGUAGUUUUGUUUUUAAAGUCCUCUGUUACCUUCCAGAUAUGUUUCAGUUUUAUUUUAAAUGUUUCUAUAUGCGUUCAUCUAAGCAUCUGGGUAUGUGCAGUUUCAGUAUAAGAAACAUGUACUUCAAUUUUUAUGCUUCUCCUCACCGCCGUGAUGGCACACGGUAAUCUUUUUCUCACAGUCUACGUGCCAUUGUUGCCAAAACAUAGUGUUCAGUCUUCUGUGAAAAAAAAUAAAGUGCCAAAAAAAAAAAAAAAAAAA